UUCUCCUUCUUCCUCUUCUCCCUGCCAUUUCCCGGUCGCGCCCCUUUGUCGCUCCUCAUGGAUGGCUCCACCCAUCGCCCGAAGCGCCGUCGCCUUGACAUCACUCCCAAGGCCCAGAAUGGCUUCAUCCAUUCACCCGUAGAAUCGUCGUCCGACGAGUUGGCCGCGGGCUCCGAUCACGACGAGGCCGAACGCCGCCGCGCCAGCUGGUCCAUCCAAAAGGCCUAUCCCCCGCAACGCCCCUUUCGCCGCUCGCGCAGCUUCAGCGGCUCCGAGAGCCCCGAUGAACUGGCCGUCGACGCGAAGGAAUAUUGGUCGGCGCGAAACCGCGCUCGCAGAUCGCCCUCCGAGCCGAGCGCGGAGCCCUCGUCGGAGCGAGAUGAUGACGACGAGGAUGAGGUAGAGGAAGAAGACGACAAUGACGACGACGACGAACCCGACCCCGAAGAACCUGUUCCUGAAAUCGAAGUCACACCUGAACCCGACCCCAAAGAAAAUGCUGAACCUGAACCCGAACAUGACCAAAAAGAGAACACCGAUGCCGAUGUCGAAGAGACUGAAACCCCCGCUGAUGUAGAGAUUGAUGCAUCGUAUGGGGAACGGUCUCCCACUCCGGUCCCCCAGCCACCACCACCGCCGCCGAAACCGGACAAAGUGAAUUACUACCAGAAGUAUCUACUACGGGGUCAUCUGCGGGGAGUCUCGGCGGUGCGAUUCUCGCCAGACUCCUCCAUGAUUGCGAGCGGAGGGGCGGACGGGGCUGUCAAGGUAUGGGAUACGGGCACAGGACGGCUGAUCCACACCUUCGAGGGCCAUCUGGCGGGCAUUUCCACCAUCUCGUGGAGUCCGGACGGAGCGACCAUUGCAUCUGGGUCGGACGAUAAGACGAUCCGAUUGUGGAAUGUCUUGACGGGCAAAGCUCAUCCGAUCCCCUUCGUCGGCCAUCACAAUUACGUCUACCAGAUUGCGUUUUCCCCCAAAGGCAACAUGCUCGUGAGCGGGUCCUACGAUGAGGCGGUGUUCCUAUGGGAUGUGCGGUCCGCGCGGGUGAUGCGAUCACUACCAGCCCAUUCUGAUCCGGUGGGCGGCAUCGACGUGGUCUGGGAUGGGACGCUGAUCGCGUCGUGCGCGACGGACGGACUGAUCCGCAUCUGGGACACGGCGACAGGCCAAUGUCUGCGGACGAUCGUACACGAAGAUAACCCGCCGGUGACGGCGGUCAAGUUCUCCCCGAACGGCAAAUACGUGUUGGCGUGGACGCUGGACGACUGCGUACGACUUUGGGACUACGUCGAGGGGCGGUGCAUCAAGACCUACCAAGGCCACACCAACCGGAAAUACAGUCUGCAGGGCGCGUUCGGGGUAUACGGGGUACGAGGGGGAGCGAGGCACGCGUUUGCAGUCAGCGGCAGCGAGGACGGGGCGGUGCUAUGCUGGGACGUGGUGAGCAAGCAGACGCUGCAGCGCAUCGAAGGACAUACCGGGGUGGUAUUGGGUGUAGACACAUGCACGCUGGGACAAGCGCGACUGAUAGUGAGCUGCAGUGUGGACGGCACAGUCCGAGUAUGGGAGGAAACUCCAGAAACAGACCCAUCAACAACCGCACAAGCAGACCUAAUCACUGAAUCCUCACCACAAACCAACCAACAACAACCCGAAGACCCUGUCAAAGCAACCCCAACCUCAACGCAAACCAACCUCCCCAUCCCAGCCCCAGAGGAACCAGAAGACACAGAAAUGGGCGAAGCCCCAGGCCCCGAGAUUUAAGCAAGGUGUACAUUAUUUCCAGGACAGGAAAAAAAGGGACGGAUGGCGUUACGGGAAUGUAUAAUAGACACGAGGGAUGAUGAUUGAUAUACUACUUUCACUGACAUUAAUAUCGAGAGCAGCAGCUGCCACCACGGAGUGGAGUGGAGUGGAGUGGGCUAUAUUCGCCAUUGCCACCACCACCAGCCUUAUUAUCAUGACAUGCCAUACCAUCUGUGACAUUACAUUAAGUACUAUGUAUCUUCCAUUCAUCAUUGUCAUAAUUAUAUUCUUG